CAGAUAAUCACAAAUUCAUAAAUGCAUUUAACAAAGACACUUCUAUUUAUUUUACAUAUUUCGGCCUAAUAAUAACUAAAAUGUACGUUACUAAAUUUCUGAUAGUGUUUGUCUUGGGAUUCUUCAUAGGGCCAGUCAGCUUAGGUAUUAUUCCAGAUUAUCUAUUGGCUGAGGGCGACGACUAUGAACCAGUCCCUACAUGUCCAGCUCAUGACAACGGCACAUCAAUCUAUUUUGCUGCAGUAAAUUGCUCAAAAUUCUGGGAGUGUUCUAACGGUGUACCAAAUUUAAUACCUUGUCCUACAGGGCUUAUAUUUGAUGAUGUUUUAAAUGUCUGUAAUUAUCCUUAUCUUUCCCACUGUACCGGAGAAGGGUGGUCUACAACUAAUAGUCCGACGUCACAACCAAUUACAUCCAGUACUCCUACAAAGCCUACAACUACCACUCCUAGAAGUACUUUUCCAACAACGGUUACGAGUACUAUAGUUACUACUCCAUCUACAGCAAGACCUACUACAUCUACUCAUAGAACUUCGAGUACAACAAGUAAAUUACCAGUUACUUCUACUUCUUCAACAUCAACAACACCUAAAACUUCUCCUACAACUAAAUUAACUUCUACUACACCUUCUACUACUACACCUUCCACUACAAUACCUUCUACUACUACACCUUCUACAACAACACUUUCUACUACUACACCUUCUACUACAAUACCUUCUACUACUACACCUUCUACUACACUACCUUCCACUACAACACCUACUACAACACCUUCUACAACAACACUUUCUACUACUACACCUUCUACUACAAUACCUUCUACUACUACACCUUCUACAGCAACACCUUCUACUACAAUACCUUCCACUACAGUACCUACUACUACAACACCUUCUACAACCGAAACUCCUAAAACCAGUACCACAAAAACUCCUAAAACUACUACCACAAAGCAUCCUAAAACUACAACCACAAAGCAUCCUAAGACAACUACAACAAAGCAUCCUAAGACAACUACAACAAAAACUCCUAAAACUACCACAACCAAGCGUCCGAAAACAACAAAAGAACCUAAUAGUUCAGAUAGCUGCAACUCAUCAAGUAGUUCCAGUAGUUCUAGCAGCUCAAGCAAUUCUAAUAAGUCUAGCAAAUCGAGCAAGUCUCACAGUUCUAGUUCAAGUAGUUCGAGCGAAUCUUGUAGUAAUAGUUCAAGUAGUUCAUCAAGUGAAUCCCAUUCGUCUAACGAUGAAAUCCAAGCUAACUCGGAUGAAAUUGAUUUUGCUGGAAAUGGAAACAAUGCACCUGUAAAUGAUACUGUAGAUAUUGAAGGCUUUUAUAAGAAAUUGUUUAUGAAACAAAAUAUAUUUUAAAAUGCCUAUAUAAUAUGGCUUGUUUUAAAUAAAAUAUUUUUCACCAAUCGUUC